AUGGCUGCUUCCUACGCUUACCUCCAAAACAUCAAACCUUUCAAGACUUCGUGGAAGGUCCAGGUUAGGGUCCUGCAUACAUGGAAAACAUACACCACACAAUUUGGUGAAACCUUUGACAUGGUACUCGCUGAUGUCCAAGGAACAAAAAUCCAUGCUUCGUGCAAAAAAGACUUCAUCAACCGGUUCGAGAACAGGUUGACUGCUGGACAAUGGAGAUCCAUUGAAAAUUUCGGUUUAAGCUUAGCCGGUGACCAAUUCAAACCAACCAGUCAUCGAUACAAGAUGACUUUCAUGGCUCAAAUUGUAGUGGAUAGGAUCGACUCUAUAUCUGAUGGCCUGUUCCUAUCUCUCAGCCGAUUUGACUCGGUCUUAUCUGAAAACCUGAAUCCAAACUUCCUAAUAGAUAUUGUUGGUCAAGUGGUUAAUGUUGGUGAGAUGCAAACAAUAGAUGUCAAUAACAAGCCCACACACAAGAUUGACUUUGAACUAAGGGAUGAGAGUGAUGUGAGGAUAACAUGUACUUUGUGGGCAUCAUUUGCUGAUCAAAUCUAUGCUGCUUGCCAAGAAGUUGAUGUGCAUAGGGUGAUUUGUCUUCUUAGAUUUGUGAAGAUCAGACUCUAUAAUGAUGUGAGGACUAUCUCAAAUGCGUUCUAUACGUCUCAACUUAUUAUUAAUCCAGACUACGUUGAGGUUAUAGAGUUCAUGGGAAAGUUGCCAAAUGAUGGACUUGCUCUCACUAUCCUUGAGGGCAAUCCAAAUCGUAGUGAAUAUUUAGAUCAUGGAGAUCCAACAUACAAGUGUUGUUACUGUGGUGCUAUGAUGUGGUAUGAUGAGAGAGUAAACAAACGAAGAAGAUCAAGAAAACCUAAAUUCUCUCUUUGUUGUUUACAAGGAACAGUCAAAUUACCGUUUCUAAGAGAGGCACCAGAGCUCAUUAGAGAAUUGCUUAGUAAGGAUGAUGCUCUAAGUAGGCAUUUUAGAGAAAAUAUAAGAGCAUAUAAUAUGCUCUUUGCAUUUACUUCUCUCGGUGGUCAAGUUAAUCGGACAGCUGAGAAAGGUCAAGGUCCUAAGCAAUUCCAACUACAUGGCCAGAAUUUACACAAGAUUGGAAGUAUGAAACCAGAAGAUGGAGAUUAUGCAAAGUUUUCACAGCUGUAUAUAGUAGAUACAGAGAAUGAGGUUGAAAACAGAUCAUCUGUUAUGAGCAAAGGAAAACAAAGAGGAAGAUUCACAGGGAAAAAAAGACAAGCGAAAGAUAAGCUUGAUGCUAAUGAAGAAGAGAAAUUCCAUAUGCGCAUACUUAGUGAUCGUGUGGGGAAGGAUGGUAGAACAUAUUCUAUGCCAACCGCAUCUGAAGUUGCUGCAUUGAUUCCAGGGGAUUUUCGUCCAGAAAUGCUUGGACGUGAUAUUGUAGUGCAAGAGAAGAGUAGUGGAAGGCUACAAAGAAUAAGUGAAGUACAUGUUUCUUACUUGGCACCACAAUAUCCUCUAAUUUUUCCCUAUGGUGAAGAUGGUUUCAGAAUUGGAAUAGAGAAGGGCUUUGGAGCGGCCGAAGGUGGAAACAAUAACAUGGAAGAGCAGGGGAAGCAAGUUCGAAUCCCCGCAUCUUUUACUGGUGGACCUCGCUAUAUGUUGCAGAGUUAUUAUGAUGCCAUGACUACAUGCAAUGAUAUUAACAAGUUCAUAUCUGCUGAGAUCCCAGAUAAGCUUCAAGAUCCUGAACUAUACGAUGUUGUAAAGGAUUGCAUGAUCCACGGACCGUGUGGUGCGGCUAAACCAAAUUCACCAUGUAUGGUUGAUGGAAAGUGUUCUAAAUUUUACCCUAAGGUCCAUGUUGAAGAUACAAGUGUUGGCAAAGAUGGAUAUCCAGUUUAUAGGAGAAGAGUAUCUAUGGCUUAUGUAGAGAAGAAUUAUAUAAAGUGCGAUAACAGAUAUGUUGUUCCUUAUAAUCGCCUCCUAUCAUUGCGCUAUCGGGCUCACAUCAAUGUGGAGUGGUGCAACCAAUCUGGUUCCAUCAAGUACUUAUUUAAGUACAUUAACAAGGGACAAGAUCGUGUAGCAUUUGUGAUAGAACCUAAAAAAAAAACUACUUCAGAUGCUAAUGGUCUCGGUAAUGGUUCUAACAUCACAAAGGAAGCAGGGACGGGUGAUACUUCAUCUUCUAUAAAUCUCGAAGAAAAUAAGAAAGAUGAAGUAAAAACCUGCUUUGAUUGCAGAUAUGUUUCAGCUUCAGAAGCAGAUUGGAGGCUUUUCAAAUUUCCAAUACAGUAUAGAAGCAUACCAGUGAUGAAACUUCCAUUCCAUCCUCCAGGAAAGCAACCAGUAUAUUACAAAAGAAAAGAGAACAUUGAAGAUGUUUUGGAAAGAAGAGCUAAUGUAGAUUCUAUGUUCAUGGCCUACCUCAAACUGAAUCAGGUUAACGAGUUUGCUAGACAGUUCACUUAUGCUGAAAUACCAAAAUAUUUUACUUGGGAUGGAAAAUUAAAGCAAUGGAAGCUUAGGGAGAGAGGUUUCUCUAUAGGAAGAAUCAAUUAUGUACCACAGAAGAUGGAAGCUGAAUAUUACAUGAGAAUACUUCUUGGUAUAGUGACUGGUCCUAAAAGUGAUGAAGAUAUUAGAACAUACAGAGGUGUUGUCUAUGAUACAUACAAAAAAGCAUGUUGGGCACGUGGUAUUUUGGAAGACGACCAGGCUUAUAUAGACAGUAUUCUAGAAGCAAGUGCAUGGUUUUUUGGACCGCAGCUGCGUAAUUUAUUCACAAUGAUGCUUUUAGAUGGUUGUUUAUCAAGACCUGAGCAUGUGUGGGAAACAACUUGGCAAGUAUUAUCAGAAGACAUCGAGAACAAGAAAAGAGAACAAUACAAUAAUCCAGCAUUGAAUUUAACAGAGGAUGAGAAGAAGAAUUAUACUCUCCAUGAGAUAGAAGAGUUGAUGUUAAGCAGUGGUGGAACUCUACAAGCAUUCGAUGAUAUGCCUAAGCCAACUGAUAUGGGUGUUGAUCAUUCCAAUCGUCUCAUUACAGAAGAAAAGAACUACAAUCGUGAUUAUUUGAAAGAGAAACAUGAUGAAUGGAUAAGUAAGAUGACAUCAGAACAACGAGCAAUAUAUGAAGAGAUUAUGUGUGCUGUUUUGAAAGACAAUGGUGGAGUGUUUUUUGUAUACGGCUUUGGAGGGACUGGAAAGACUUUUAUGUGGAAAACUUUGUCUGCUGCUGUUAGAUAUAGGGGAUUGAUAGCAAUAAAUGUCGCAUCAAGCGGUAUUGCGUCUUUGUUGUUGGAGGGUGGAAGGACUGCACAUUCAAGGUUUUGUAUCCCAAUAAACCCUGAUGAUUUUUCAAUGUAUCUUGCUAACAUGUUGAAAGAAACAUCUUUGAUCAUAUGGGAUGAAGCACCAAUAAUGAGCAGAUAUUGUUUUGAGAAUUUGGAUAGAAGCUUGUCAGAUAUUAUGAGAAAUGGUGAUAAUAAGCCCUUUGGUGGAAAGGUUGUUGUGUUUGGAGGUGAUUUCAGACAAGUUCUCCCAGUUAUCAACGGUGCUGGUAGGGCUCAAAUUGUUCUAGCGUCUUUAAAUUCAUCAUAUCUGUGGGAACAUUGUAAGGUUCUAACUUUGACAAAGAACAUGCGGCUUAUGUCAAAUGGGGUGUCUAAGAGUGAAGCAGAAAGUAUCAAGGAGUUUUCUGAUUGGAUAUUAGCUGUUGGGUAUGGGAAAAUUGCUGAGCCUAACGAUGGGGAAGCCCUAAUUGAUAUUCCAGAUGAAUUCCUAAUCACGAAUGUUGGUGAUCCGAUUGACGAAUUCCUAAUCACGAAUUCCUAA